AUGAAUGCUACUUUCUACAUAUCUUCUUUGCUGGUUGUCAGAUCAGUAACAAAAAACUACCAGCACAUAUUAGCCUUGGCAUUUGCUAUAAAAGAGCUGAAUGAGAAUCCCAAUUUCUUACCAAACAUAAGUUUGGGUUUCUACAUCCUCAACAGUUACAACCUUGGAAGGAUGACUUACAAGGCCACCCUCAGCCUACUUUCCACACAGAAGAAGUUGGUUCCCAACUUUAGCUGUGAUAUCCAGGAGAAACUUAUAGCUAUUGUUGGAGGUAUUUUGUCUGAAACUUCUGCCAAUAUGGCCACCAUUUUCAACAUUUACAAGUAUCCACAGGAGGUAUAUAAGAAAACAUGCACUGGGGAUGAGAAGCUGGAUAGCCUUCCUGGAACUCUGUUUGAAAUGCAAAUGACUGGCCUCAGCUAUAAUGUCUACAAUGCUGCCUAUGCUGUGGCACAUGCUUUACACGACAUCCACAUAUCUAGAUCCAAAGGAAGAAAAUUAGAAGAGGAAGGGAGGCUAGAUUUCCAGAAUGUUCAGCCAUGGCAGUUCCGCAACCUUUUAGGGAGGAUCUUCUUCAAUAAUAGUGCUGGUGAUACUGUACAUUUUGAUCAAUAUGGAGAAUUACUUGCUGGCUUUGAUGUUACUAACCAGGUUACUUUCUCAAAUGGAUCAUUUGCUAGAGUAAAAGUGGGAAGGCUUGAUCCUCAGGCCCCUUCAAGCAAUGAGCUAACCCUGAAUGAUAGUCAAAUUGUGUGGCACAGAAGCUUUAACCAGGAGCUGCCCCUUUCUGUGUGCAAUGAAGCAUGCCAGCCUGGUUACAUCAAGAAAAAGAAGGAGGGAGAGAAGUUUUGCUGCUACGAUUGUGCACCAUGCCCAGAAGGAAUGAUCUCUGAGCAGAAGGACAUGGAUGCCUGUGUCAAAUGUCCAGAUGACCACUACUCCAGCAAAGACCAUAAACAAUGCAGUCCCAAGAUCACAAGCUACCUUUCCUACAAAGAGACUUUAGGGAUAAUCUUAUCUAUGUUGGCGGCAUUUUUCUCUCUGAUCACAGCUUUUGUACUUGGAACCUUCCUGAAAUACAAAGACACUCCCAUUGUCAAAGCCAACAACCGAAGCCUCACCUAUAUUCUCCUCAUCUCUCUCCUGCUUUGCUUCCUCAGCUCCUUGCUCUUUAUUGGACAGCCAGGGGAGGUGACCUGCCUUCUGCGCCAAACUACUUUUGGAAUCAUCUUCAGUGUGUCCCUUUCCAGUGUGUUGGCCAAAACCAUUACUGUUGUUGUGGCCUUUGUUGCUACCAGACCAGGAUCUCAUAUGAGGAAUUGGGUGGGCAAAAAAAUGGCACACUCUAUUGUCCUUUCUGGGUCCUUUAUUCAAAUACUGAUUUGUACUCUUUGGCUAAGUACUUGUCCUCCAUUCCCAGAUAAGGAUAUGCAUUCAUUGCCAGGGGAAAUCAUACUGGAAUGUAAAGAGGGCUCUGCUACCAUGUUUUACUCUGUCCUUGGCUAUCUGGGCUUUCUGUCCAUUGUUAGCUUCUCUGUAGCUUUCUUAGCCAGGAAAUUACCAGACAGUUUCAAUGAAGCCAAGUUCAUUACUUUCAGCUUAUUGGUCUUUUGCAGUGUUUGGGUUUCCUUUGUCCCAACUUAUUUGAGCUCCAAGGGGAAAUCCAUGGUGGCUGUGGAAAUCUUCUCCAUCAUGUCCUCCGGCGCUGGCUUACUGGGUUGCAUCUUUUUCCCUAAAUGCUACAUCAUUUUGCUGAAACCAAAAAUGAACAGUCGGGAGCAGCUAUUGAGGAAACUUUGA